GUAUUAGAAGUAAAAAUGUUUUUCCUAAUAUUCUAUGCCAUAACUGGAAUAUUCCUGGUAGCAACACUCACAUCCUAUGCUAUAAUCAUUUUUAGCUGUCAGAAAAAAGCAAAUCUCAGAAUCGAGAACGAGAAUUCCAUAAAAGCUAAACGCAAACUUCUACAAGCACCUGGUCCACUUCCUUGGCCGAUAAUCGGAAAUUUAGAUAUAAUUGGACAGUUUAACAAUCCGUUCCAAGGCUUUGGAGCAUUGACAAAGCGCUAUGGCGAUAUUUACAGUUUAACACUAGGACACACGCGCUGCCUUGUCGUCAAUAACUUGGAUUUAAUAAAAGAGGUCCUUAACAAGAACGGAAAGUUCUUUGGUGGGAGACCAGAAUUUCUGCGUUACCACAAACUUUUCGGAGGCGAUCGCAAUAACUCUCUUGCUCUUUGCGACUGGUCACAGUUGCAACAGAAACGCAGGAACUUAGCCCGACGACACUGUUCGCCGCGGUCGUCAUCCUCGUAUUUCGCAAAAAUGUCCCGCAUCGGAUGUAAUGAAAUAACAAACUUACUGGAUAACUUAAGAACAUCUGUAGAGCCUGGUAAACCCUUCGAUUUGAAGCUGGUUAUACUUAAGGCAUGCAUGAAUAUGUUUAGUCAGUACAUGUGCUCAAUGCGCUUUGAUUAUGAGGACAAGGAAUUUGAACAAGUCGUGCAGUUCUUUGAUGAAAUCUUUUGGGAAAUAAACCAGGGACAUCCAUUAGAUUUUUUGCCAUGGCUAUUGCCAUUUUACAGCAAACACACGAAAAAAAUAUGCCACUGGUCCACCACAAUUCGAAAAUUUAUUUUGGAACGAGUUAUAAAUAGAAGAGAAAUUAAUAUCGAUUUAGAUGAACCCGAUGUCGACUUUACAGAUGCACUCCUGAAGAGUCUCAUUGAAAAUAAGAACGUGUCGCGCAAUACGAUUAUCUUCAUGCUGGAAGAUUUUAUUGGAGGUCACUCAGCGGUCGGAAACUUAGUCAUGCUAUGUCUCGCCUACAUUGCCAAGGAUCCUGAGAUUGCGAAGAGAAUUCAAUGCGAAGUCGAUUACGUGUCCAAAAACAGUCAAAGAAGUAUUAAUUUGCACGAUAUGGAUAAAAUGCCCUAUACCAUGGCCACAAUAUUCGAAGUCCUACGGUACUCGUCGUCUCCGAUCGUACCCCAUGUAGCCACCGAGGAUUCGCAAAUAUCAGAUUUUGGUGUUACUACAGGUACCAUUGUUUUCAUUAAUAACUAUGUGCUCAACAUGAGCCCGAAAUACUGGAAGGAUCCCGAUCAAUUUCAACCCGAAAGGUUUUUGGAAGAGAGAACGAACACACCGUCAACUCCGCCUAUAUUUCAUGGAAAGCGAAGGUGCUCCGAAGAAUCCGAUUCAGGUAUUGAGUUCGAAAAGGACGCGAAAAUAUAUAAUUCAUCUAAUGAAAAUCCACAUACAAAUAAACUUAUUCAACAAGAUACUACUAAAGUGGAUUCCGGACCUAUCAAAUUGCAGCUUAAGAAAAAUAUUCCACACUUUUUGCCUUUUAGCAUUGGCAAACGCACGUGCAUAGGACAAAAUUUGGUGCGCGGAUUCGGAUUCAUUUUGCUGGCCAAUAUUUUACAAAACUAUAAUAUCAAUUGUAGUAAUCUUGAGACGAUAAAGAUAAAGCCAGCGAGUGUAGCACUCCCUGCAACUUGCUUUCCAUUAGUACUGACUCCAAGAGCAUAAUGUUCGAAUUAAUGAUUAUAAAAAUGGUUGAAAUGGUUGUAUCACUAAAUUAUAUUAAAUAUUAGAUUCCAAUUACGUAGCCUAUGUAGAUAGAUAUAUCA